CUGUUCCGAGGUAGAAAAGGGGAUGUGUGAGCAGACGCCGGAGGUAACUAAUGACUCAGUUGGUUGUGGGAUGAGUUUGAUGAGCGAAAACAGCUCAGGGCUAAGGUAAGACAAAUGAAUAUAAGGUAACGAUGCGUGAAAGACGUGUAGCGAUUGGACAACCGUUGGUGUAGAUUGUGGACCGCAACUGGUUGAUAGCUGAAAAAUUGAGGAAAGAGAGAUGAACACAAGGCACGAAUACAUGUUCGUUCAUGUGUAUAAAUAUCAGGCACAAAGUGGUCUAGUUUCACCCGGGAAAGAAGGCAAUCAGAAGCCACUGUGAUAAGCAGAAGAUGCUCUUGUAACUCCUUAUUCUGUUCCCUGCGUCGGUAUAAGUAAGUGUUGGUGCUCACACCUGGGGAACCUUCUACCUGCAGCUGAAGUCGGAGACAGACUCGCAAUGAUGUACCGACUGACACUGCUCAUCCUCCAAGUCUCUGCCGCGCUCUCUGCGAUGGUUGGCAACAGGACAAUCGAGAGAGAUGUAAAGUGUGUUUGUUCUGUGGUGAUGCCAGACAACAUCUUCCCGGUGGAGCGAAUGGAGUACUUGGAAGCCACGUCGCAGAACCUCAGCACCAGUGUGCAAACGGAGACCCUCAAGGUGCAGAUGUACGGUCAGACUCUCUCGCUGUACACGCAGCAGCUGCAGAACCUGACCCUCCGGUUGCAGGCGAUGGAGUCGGGGGCCGGGUAUACGGAGCUCCAGUUUGACGCGCUGAGAGUUGAGAUCCAGGAGUUACUGUCACUCACCAGCCAACUGCGGUCAACAGUGAACGGCAGCGAAGCCAUCAUCGAGCGGCUUCACUUUCAGAUCAAGAACAUGUCAACCACCGUGGACCAACUGGAGACGUUCGAUAAACAUAAUGUGCUGGGAAUCCGUCAAGAGAUCAAGGUCCUGAAGGCACAGCAGAAGAAGUGUGAGGCCAAUCAAGGGCUGAAGCCUUCCCAAGUUAACUUUGGGAGCUGUGACCACGGAGGCCUCUUGAACGUCCGUGGGCCCAACGUGGUGCAACUGAACUGGAGAGGAAUUGGCUGCACAUCUGGGGCGUGGGGCAGAGAUCCCGCACCUCUGCCCGGGAAAGGCGGUCAAUAUUGGGUGGCACCUCUCGAGAGUGACCGCCGGGCAUUUAAUUCAUACAGACUCUAUUCUUCGUACAAUGACCUGCUCCUGUCCAGGAACCCGGUGAACGUACAGCUGAGAUCUUCCUCGUACACUGGUCAGGGCAGUGGGAUGGCUAUGUACAAGAAUUACCUGUAUUACAACUGCUACAAUUCUCGGUACAUGUGUAGGAUGAACAGAGACACAUAUCGGACGCAGAGGACAAUUCUCAACAACGCGACGUACAACAACCGCUUCUCGUUCUCCAGCGGUUCCUACCACGACUUUGACUUUGCCGUGGACGAGAGCGGGCUGUGGGUGGUCUACGCCACGGAGGCAAGCGAUGGGAACAUGGUGGUCUCCAAGAUUAACGACACCUCCUUUACCGUCGAGGAGAACUGGGUCACCAACAUGUACAAACCUUCCGUCUCCGGCACCUUCAUGAUCUGUGGGGUGCUCUACGCCAUGAGGUCUCAGAGCACUCGCCUGGAAGAGAUAUUCUACACCUUCGACACCAAAGACGGUCAGGAAGCCAUGAUCAGCGUGAAGAUGGAGAAGAUGUUGGAGAAGGUAUCGAGUGUCACCUACAGCCCGUCUGAUCACAAGCUCUUUGUGUACAAUCAAGGCAAUCAGAUGACCUAUGAUGUGGUCUUCAGGCCUAAAGGCUAACCCUCGGGCUCCCGUGAACACACGCUACGUCUACACAACCUUUCUCCUGGGGUGGAAACCAUCGAGUCACUACCCUGCAAAGUGAAUAAUAAUCCUCGCAUUCGACACGGCGCCUUAUCGUGU